GAUAUUGUAGUUUAGAUGAAUAUCAGGAGGAGGUCGAAAAUAAUGGUGGAGAUAAUGAUAGAGAUAAUGAUAAAGAUGAUGAUGAAGAUAAUGAUGGAGAUAAUUAUGGGGAUGAUGAUGGGGAUGAUAGUGAUGAUAAUGAUGACGAUGAUGAUGAUGGGAAUAAUAAAAAGAACAAUAGAGAGCAUAGUAAGAGGAAAAAACCAGAACUUUGUUGCAUGAAUGGUGAAGUUGUAUUAGCACUACUUCAAGCACCACUACCAGAAAUUUAUUAUUUACUUAUAGAAAAAGAUCCAAUAUCUAAAGUACUAUUUGUUGAUAAAAUAAGAGCAUAUAAUCAAGCAUUUGCUUUUACAUCAAUUGCUACUAAUUUAGAUUUGGAUGUUGCCAAUAAAAAAAAGAGAGCAUAUUGCUAUAGAAUUCAGGGUGAUCAUUAUCAUCAAAUUAGCUUAGCUUUGCCAGAACAAGAAGAAAUACCAAAAUUUUCUCAAAUAUAUUUUCAUGAUUCUUCAAAUAUUGAAGCACAAAUUAAUAGAAGACAUGAUAUAAUGAAGCAAUCAUUAAACAUGGAAAUAAUAAGUAUUAUUCAAAAUGUAUUAAUGGAUUUAAAUCAUUUUGUAAAUACUUAUAUAUCUGCAGAAAAUGAGGAUUUACAAGAUCCUCUAUAUUAUAUUUUAAUACAUAAUAAGCAUGGCAAAGAUAUGAGACAAUAUAAUACACCAUCAGCUAAUGAGGUAGCUGCAAUUUGUUUUUCUGAUGAAACUAUGCAUAUAAGAGAUAUUCUUAUUGUAAGACAUGAUAAUGAAUUAGAAAGAAUAUCUGAAUUACAUGGUGUAUAUAAUCUUUUAGCAUAUCCUUUGCUAUUACUAUGUGAAGAAUAUAGUUGGUAUAAAGAAAUAUUAAAAAGAGAUAAAAUUGAAUCAGAUAAUGAUGAUUAUGAUGAACCAGAUUAUUUGUACUGGACUAAACAAAAAAUGAAGACUCAUAUGGCUCAACUUGAAGCCUCUAAAAUCACUAAAGCUGAAGCUAAAGCAAGUGGUACUUUUAAUAUUAACUUUAGUACUUUAUUAGAAAAAGAAUCACAAAAAGGAUUAGAAAUCGUUCCAAAUAACGAAACAAGGAUGGAAUUACUUCCAGAUUUAAAGAAGACAUUAGAAAUCAUUUAUGAGUAA